AAAAAAAAAGUUGUAAAAAACACAAAGAAAAAAGAACUAGUUCAGUCAGUGCGGAGCUCUGCUCUGGUCGUCUUCAUCCCCCGCCGGCCGAUCCCCAUCCCAUCCCCGGUCUCCCGCCGUCCGUCGCUAAGCGGCGGAGCGGCCGGCCGGGGCGGUGGGCUAUCCUGUUCUGCCAUGGCGCCGGAGACGAGGAGCAGGAGGACGAGGGACCCGCGCGCAUCGGAGACCGCGCCGCCGCCGCCGCCGGUGCAGCGCCCUCGGCUCACGCGCGCCGGAAGCAGGGGGGACGCGCCGACCCGCCGCCGCUCCGGUCAGGUUAAUGAGGAUGUCGUGAGCAGAUUCCCGCAUUUGGCAAGUUCGGUACAAAAUGAUGUUACGCAGUUAAAGGAGGCGACUGGAGAGGACGAGGGGGGCGCGCACAUCCAAGACCUUGUUGCCGUCGUUCCGCGGAUGACGAGGAGGAGGGCGAGGGAGGGAUAG